AUGUUAGAAAGAAUAUUGGAGUUCGGAUGAAAAUUGUUUAUCAAGAAAUGAAUGCAUUGCUGAACUUGCCAGAAAAAAAUAUAAAAUUUUAGAAUAAUUUUAUAUUUUCAAAUUAAGUUUUUAUAAAGAUUUAACUUCAAAAUAAGAUAAAUUUAUAUCAAAGGAAGAAUGGCAUUUCGUAUUACUUUGGAGUGUGGCGAUUCAUCUUGCUUACGUACCAAAAAGACCCAAGAGGGCUACACUCAUGAUUGGGAAGUUUUUGUCAGAGGAGUAGACAAUGCUGCUGUACAUCAUUAUAUCGAGAAAGUUGUGUUUAAUCUUCAUGAAACCUUUCCAAAGCCUAAACGAGUCAUAAAAGAACCACCAUACAGUCUUAAGGAAUCUGGAUAUGCAGGCUUUGAUAUACCAAUUCAUAUAUACUUAAAAAAUAAAAAUGAGCCAAAACGGUUUGAAAUUAUGUACAAUUUGAACCUGGAAACAAGUGCUCCAGCUAUUAGUCAUGUCACACAUCAUAAUGAAAUUAUUGUCAAUCCAACGGAUGAAUUUCGAAAAAAAUUACUCAAGGGUGGUGCUACCCCCAUAUCAAGCACUGAAAGCACAUCGGAAAAAAAUGAAGUUAAAACGCUACCCAUGGUUGGUAAGCCGAAACUUAGUGGUAACGAGGGAAAGAAACAUCGAAUAUCAGAACCAAAAACAUCCAAUCCUUUUAACGAUUUAUUUGGCAUUCCUAUAAAAACUGCCAAGAUAUCCCAGGACAACAAAAAAACUUCUGAAAAAUCGUCGAGCGUAAAAAGUAGCGUUAUUCCUGACAAGUCUGACAAAACUGAUAAAAGUACAAAGGUUAAACAUAGUCCUCAUAAAGACAGUAAAAAAGAAAAGUCGUCAGAAGAACGAAAGGAAAAGAGAGAUAAGGAUAAGGAUACAAUAAAAGAGAAAGAGAAAAUCAAAGAAAAAUCAAAAAGGUCUUCAAGCCCAAGUAAUAAGAGUCAUCAGAGUUCUGAUAGUAAAAGACCAUCAUCACCAUCUCCAAUGAAAAAACCAAUAACACCUCCACCCAUUCCAAAAAGACCAUCUUCGCCCUCCUCAAAACCAAAAGAAAAGGAUUCCAAAAAGAUCGUAGAAUCGGAGAAGGAAAAAGAAAAAACCAAGGAAAGCUCGAAAAAUACCUCUGAAGAGAGUAAAAAUGAAAAAAAUGAGAAGGAAAGUAAAAGUGAACGCAAAAAAGAUAAGAAGAAACACAAAGAAGAUCGAGAUAAAGAAAAGAAGGAAAAGUACAAGGAUAAGGAGCGAGAUAAAAACAGAGAUAAAGAUAGUGUAAAAAAUGUAGAAAAAAAAGUAGAAAAAUCAGAAAAACUAGAAAAAGAAAAAUCAUACGAAAUAAAACAUUCGAAGGACGAUAGAAAGUCCCCAAGACCUGCCAAGGAAAAUGAAAAAAUUAAGGAGGAGAAAAUUUCAAAGUCAGAUAAGUCAGAAAAGAGCGAAAAAUCUGAAAAACAAAAAGAAUCGAAAAGUGAAAAAUCUGAUAAACCGAAACAUAAGCAUAAAAAGAGAGAUAAAAAAGAUAGAAGAGAUGGAAGUAAAGAAAGGGAAAAGAAAGAGAAAAGAGAAAAAUCAAAGAGUUCGAAUGAAAAGCAAAAUGAAGUAACAAAUCAGACAUCAACUACUUUGGUAACAUCACGUAUAACAGAUGUACAAGAGAGAGAAAGCACUGAUUCUACUGGAUCUGCCGAUGAAGAUACCACAAUGGAAUCAAGAACAACCACGGCUGUGAAGAAAGAAUCCGUCUCGUCAGUUCCACCGGCUGAAAUAAUCAGGGCGAUGUCUCCACCGCCACCACCGGCUAACGACAUAAAAAAGGACAAGAGCGAGAGGAAACGCGAUCGCUCGAAAAGUACCAGGGAAGACAGAGAAAGCAAAAAGAAGAAGAGGAAAAGCGAGAACAAAGUUUUUGGUGAGGAAGAAAUUGUGAAGAAGAGCAAGGACCGAGAUCACUCUAGUUCACCUUUAGUCGAACCAGUUUCUUCGAGUCAGUCCCCAAUAGCAACAAAUAUAGACACGGUACACGUGUCCAAAGUGAAACACACGGAUGAUCAAAUGAUCAAUGAGCCGGCAAUUGGAGAUAGCGAGCAAGUCGCCCCUGAUUCGACAAACAGUACACUUGUUGACACCGAGGAGCCUCUCGUCUUUUCCGAGGAUUACGUGUCGCAACUAAAGGAUCUCCAGCAGAAGAUUAUGACUUUGCAGGAUAAUCAGGAACUACAGAGGGUUGUACAAGUGAUUGCUGAGACUGGCCAGUACGAGAUUACCAAGAAAACUUUUGACUUUGAUUUAUGUGCAUUGGACAGACGGACCGUUCAACGACUCCAACAGUUUUUCGCUUCGUGACCAACUGUUGGUUAAGCUUCAUUAUUGACCAAUGCAGCAUCAAUUCACAAUCCAAACUAAAGCAGAAAAGGAUUCAACGAAAAUGUAGAGAAAAAAAAUCUUGUAGCUGAAUAAGGAGAAAGAUUCCAUAUGGUGAAAAUGCACAAAAAGGAAACAUAUUCUGUAAAUAUUUAUGUCAGCGUCUCGGUGUUAUAAAAU